AUGUCAUGUGGCCUGUGCUUUGGACCGCGGUGCGUACCUAUGCUCCCUAUGUCACCUUUCCCGUGGCCUUCGUGGUUGGGGCUGUGGGCUACCACCUGGAAUGGUUCAUCCGGGGGAAGGAUCUCCAGCCUGUGGAGGAGGAGAAGAGCAUCUCGGAGCGCCGGGAGGACCGCAAGCUGGAUGAGCUGCUAGGCAAGGACCACACCCAGGUCGUGAGCCUUAAGGACAAGCUGGAAUUUGCCCCUAAAGCUGUCCUGAACAGAAACCGCCCGGAGAAGAAUUAAUGGAGGACACAGGGCCCUAUGGGUCCUUCUGGGGGCCAGGACUGGUCCUGCCACCAUGUCGACCCAGCAACCAGAGCCCACAUCUGAUUUGCUUUAUUGCUUCUUCUGGCCCCUCCCGCCCCACACAGCCACACACAUACUGGCUGCUCUGCUCUGGCCAGGCAGACACACUAGUAGCUGAGGGGCCAGUGAAGAGGAAGGCCCGUGAGGGUUCUGGCCCGAAGGCUGCCUCUGCUGGAUGGUGGCCACAGCUGCUCAGGCUUCCGCGCUGCUAGGUGCACCACUGGGAGGAGGGUGAUGAAGUGAACAUUGGCCGCCAGUCCCUGUGGGGAGGCAGUUUGGCCUCAGGUGGGAGUGGCUGGGAUUGGGGUGAUGCCUUUAGGAGGGGUACCUACAUGCCUAGUUCUAGUUUGCACUGGGAAGAGUUCAGAAAUCUCCCUGGCUCCCUUAACUAGCUUGCUCUGUCCUUUGUGCGCAUUCUCCCUGAGAUCCUGUCCUGUCAGCUCGGGAAGGGGAUUUCCCCUGGGAAGGAAAGCAGUUUUCUGUUCUUGGGAGCCCAGGCUGUUCACCUUGGCGCAGGUGAAUUUGCUUGAAAACAGUCACCGUCUUUCACCCCCCACCCCGUCACUGUGUAGUGCAAAACUUGAUUAAAGUGGCGUCUGAGAACCA